AUGCAGUGCCGAAAAAUUGCUGCAAAUGCCGGUCACUUCAGAACCAUUGCUCCAAAAAUUGUGCCCAAGGUUGCUUCAUCGACAGCGUCUUGCUCCACAUCCCAGACGGAUAUUGCAGUAUCCAGCGUCGGCACAAAGCCUCUAGUUAUGCCAGCACAAAAUUACACAUUGAUGAAAGUACCUGGACAGAAUGGAACAUUCUCUUUUGUUGCUGUGCCGCAGGUUAACUCAAUGGGGGCACCAGUCAUACAAACCACGAACACACCUCUCCAAGAAAAUCUCAAAUUACCAAUCCCAAGGUGCCAGUCUGCAAGAAAUAAGAGGUUAUGUGACAAAGUGAAAAACAUUAGUGGUCUCAAAAAAACGAAAUCUGAGAAGCUUGCAGCCCACGUAAUACAUGACAACCAUCCAGAAGCCAUUCCUGAAUUAGAUGCAAGUGACCUAGAGUUGGCAAAUCCCACUACCAUAUCCCCAGCGAUGGAUGUCAUUCUGGAAAGCAAUGUCAACACUCUAGGAGUGCUUUCCGUGAAUGCAUCCGACACUCUUAAAGCAAAUACUUCAGCUUUAUCGUUGAAGAACGAUAUCCCUAAAGUGUUCUGCACAAGUAGUCCCAUGAAGAUGAGCGCCGAUUUGGAGAAAGUUGCAAGCACAGUAGAGAACGGACCAAUGAUAAGAUGUGAAAGCACCAAAGUUGUGGAUUCUGCGAACGCUGUGACCGUUCUUUCUCCGGUGAUGUUUGGCGGUCCACCUUAUCUGAUCUCAUCAGCACCUAAAGGGAAACUACCUAUUAUGCCUUACUCAAAAAUAAAAAAAUCUAUAAUUUCCAAGUGCAAACAGUCUGCAAAUACUGAGAAGGCGACUGCUGUGAAUGCAAAAUCUGAAAUCUGCAAAGGCCAGGCCAGUGUUAAAACAUCAAAUGAUAUUUCUUUACAGGUUACUCCUGUAUCGACAACAAAUAUGUCCACACUUGAUUCUUGCCAGUCAAGUACUAAGAUGGAUACUGGGGUUCUAACAAAACCAAGCUGUGUGUCCGUAAAAAAAAGAGCAAAAAAGAGGAAGACACCAAGUGAAAUAAUGGCUUUUCAAACAAAAAUGAGACUUGUUGGAAAUAAGUUAGUAGUAUGCAAAGAUAAAGUAAAAGAUCAAGUUUUAGCUUCAAAUGCCAAGAUACCUGUGUGUACUAAGAAGUACAGAAGCAUAAUGCCGAAACCUGCUGUAGAAGUGCAGUGUCUGGCCUCCCUUGGCACAUGUGACAUGCAAUCGCAACCAAUGGAUAUAUUUAGAAAUAGAUUUCAACAAAUCAGGUCUAAUCGAUGGAAGCAAGGGGAUUGUUUGAAACAAAGUCUUGAUUGCAGAAUUUUGUCUACAGCAUCCAAGGCCUGUUUCAAAUGUCAUGUGUGUGAUCAUAAUUUUCAGUUUAAGCAUCACUUGCAGGACCACUUGAACACUCACACCAACAGAAGGCCGUACCACUGUCGUUUGUGUCGCAAGUCAUAUGUCCACUCGGGAAGCCUUAGCACACACGUGAAGCUGCACCAUAGCGAAAGUCGUUUGAAGAAACUCAUGUGCUGUGAGUUCUGCGCAAAAGUGUUCGGACACAUAAGAGUUUAUUUUGGUCACCUUAAAGAAGUACACAAAGUUAUUAUCAGUACAGAGACCUCUACCAAGCAACUCGAGAAAAAAGAUAUAACUAAAGUGAAAGACGAAUUAACUCCAGAAGAAAUGUGAGUCUUCGUUUCUUUUAUAAUUCCAGUUUAAAAAUGUAUACAUUUAUGGACAGACAAGUGGUUUAUUUCACUGAACUGAAAACUAUUUCAGAACCUGAUAUAACGACAUAAUUUUAGAUGAUUUUCAUUUUUAGUUAUUAAACCUUAAGACUUGCAUAGUCUAAGUUUUCCUUUUAUUUAUUUGAACGUGAAGCUUUUUUGAUAUUGUUUCUCAAAGAUCCCAAAUGAUUUUCCUGCCUCCAUUUUCUACCAUAUCCAUUUACCACCCUCUCAUUUGUUUGUACUAAGCUGAUAUUUUCACACCACCACUAUACACCGCCUUCCAGUCAUCAUUUUCAGUUUCACUACAUUUAUUAUGUAUUUGUUUUUUUUCCCUCCCUUUUUUAGCCAUAGGCACCAUAUAUGAUCCUUGAUAAAGCAUGAUUGAAGUGAAUGUGUUUUGUUACAAUUUUCUUUUAGAAAUACAAUGUCUUUCAGUUCUUGCUAUCCCUUUGGUGUCAAGGCCUGCCUCUCCCCCAUAGCCAUCACAUAGAACUAAAAAAAAAAAGUUUCCACUGUUUUUCAUUAAUAUAUUUUUUACUUUUAUUCCUAGAGAUAAAGGCAAAAUUAAGGAGGAUGAUACCUUGUAUGGAUCUGCUGAUGAAAUCAAACUCCAAAUUAAAUGUGGCCGCUGUGAUGUCAUCAGUCCUACAUUUUCAGACAUGAAACUCCAUUUAUUUUGUGAGCAUGGAGACCAGUUUCAAGAAAGACUCCAGGAAGGAAUACUGGAGAGCCGUCAGGGCGCCCCAGAAGAAGUGGUUAAACAUGCAACUCACUACUGGAAGUUACUCAACGAAAGGAGAAACGUUUUCAAGUGUAGCAACUGUGAACAAGAGAUUUUCGGUUCUUCCAAACUGCGCAAACAUGUUUGUUUAUCUUAUCAAGAGAACACGGAGGUUGAAAGCGAUCCUGCGCCACCAAAGGAGAAAUGUGAUGAUGAAGUUAAGGAUGACCACCAUGCUUCUUCAGUGUCCAACAUGGAUGUCCAGUUCUACUGUGGGAAUUACAUGAACUGUAUAUUGUGUAAACAGGUUUUUGAAGUAAAGGAUGAACUUCUGGCUCAUUGGCAACAAAAUCACAACUGUGAGAACCCUUCACUGCUUUGGACUGUUUUCAAUCCACUUUCCAAAGAAAAGUGAAAAAAAAUAAUUAAAAAUAGAAAAUAUGAAAAUAAUGCACUUUUUUGGGGGUUGAAAUUGAAUGAGUAAUUGCACUCUUGGAGGUUUGUGCAAAGUGUAAUUCUGGGACAAAUUUCUCAAGUGUAACAUUAAGUAAGAACAUUCCAUUGGUGUCUAUUUUGAUUACUCAACUUUUAAGAAAUUUUGUCCCAGAACUGUUCUUUGUGUGUGCUCUCCUUGCAUCCUUUUUUUUUUUUUUUGCAGUGAAUUGAUUUGCUUUUUCUGAAACAAGGUUUGAUUGUUGAUUACUUGUGAUAUUUCAGUGAAAUGUCAGUAUUUGUAUGUAGUUUUGUAAUGUUUGCUUUUUUGACUGGGAUUAAAUAGGGUCUUUGUUGUGUGUUAAAUCGAUAAACCUAUAUACUACUGUUCCCAUGGUCCUUUGAUCUGUUUAGACAAAUGUCACACAUGCCCAAUCUCUCCAUUGUGGAGCUGCAGCCCAUUUAACAAAAAGCGUUAUUGCUCAGUCUGCACGGUCAUAUUUUCUUACUAACUUCAAGGAAUAUGUCACUUGCAUUGUCUCCAACGUAAGAUGCUUCCAGUAUUGCAAAUGUAAUGAGCUAUACUAUUGUAUUGUACAGUCUGCUACUGUUUUCUGUUCGUUUACUUUUCCACCUGGCACCCAGAGUUGUGAAUGCAUGUUAACUUAGGUGAUGGGUUUGAUCCAGCAUUCCAGGCUUUAACAGAUGCAUGCGUCAUUUGGUGGUUUUUGUGGUCCUCUGUAUAUGGCACAGACCUUUGCAACUUUAUUUGCGAAACAGUAAGUUGUGGUGAGUUGCUGACCAGCAGAAUUUAGGGUGACAGCCAUGUUAAAAAUAAUCUGUAACUCCGCUAAGUAUGAUAUUUACGCCAACUCAGCUGUUCUUUUUGCACCAACUUGUGUAAUUUUAAAGAAAAUGUUACACUUCUUGUUUAGAAGUUACACAUUUUGUCAGAUCUGCAGCAAAUGUUUUGCACUUGAAGACAAUUUUAAAAAAUGUGCUCAUAAGGUGGGAUAUAACUUAGUGCCUUUAUAAUUAUAGCAUUGGGAGGCUAUUGUGCAUGCAUGCAUGCAUGGCAAAACGCCACACUGCACCAAUCGGCAUCUCCUCAUAGAGCUGCAUUAAAUCAGUCAUCUCUAUGGGAAAUGUUUAACAUCUCCAUGCAAAGCAUGAAGACGCUGAACACAAUGCAGCACUAAAAUAGGAAGCGCCUUUAGUGACCAUCUGAGUGACUGCACCUAGAUGUGUUACUAGGCAGUAAUGCAAACACACUGCCUUUUCUCUGAAAAGGCAGUGUUUACAUUAAAAAGCCUGCAGGUACAAGCGAUACACUAAAGCCACUACAUUAAGCUGUAGUGGUUCUGGUGACUAUAGUGUCCCUUUAUCCUUGAAUGAUGAAGCAUUGUGUGAAAUUAAAUCUAUGAAAGUCUACUGUGCCAGUAUUAGGCAUGAUUGCAUGUAGACUAUAAAUAUUUGCCAAACAAGUAUAAAUAAUAUCUUGUGACUUAUUAUUACAAUACUGUGUAUUUAUUUUACCUUUUCCCAAAAUAGUAUGAGAAUAUAAAAACUGGCCCCUGUAUAAUUUACUUUCUAUCCAUCUGAUUAAUGUGUAUUAUGUUUGGAGGGGGGGGGGGGAGGAUUUUCCUUCCUCACAACUUAUGGGCAAAAAAAAUACUUAUUACACUUGAUGUAAGUGCUGUGGGAGACAAAUGCGAUGGGAGGGUUUUUUUUUUGUCAUCAUGUAAUCUCUGCAAAGCAACUAAUUUUUUUUCCUGACUUUGGCUGAUAUUAUUUAAGCAAUUUGUUGCAAGAUGAUACCUCAUUUGUAGAGCAGUGGAAAUUACGGAAAGUUUAAAUAUCUUGAUUAAUUUCAUACAGUAUAAGAGCAGUCAAGUGAGUCACUGUCAGUACUUUAAAAAAAAAAAUGUUUAGCAUAUAUAUAUUUUGCAAAAAUGUUUUUCAGAAUGCUGCACCAUAAGCCUGCCUCUUUAGCCACACCCCCUCACUAUAGAAAAAGACUUCCUUAUCAAGCGUACACACACAGCUCAGCCACACUGACUGCAUUAGGUGCUCUGAACGACAAGACACCUUUCAUUAGAAGGAGAGGACACCCACUGAUAGUGACCUCUUUAAUAUAAAUAUGUCUCUUAUCUGUUAAUAGUUUCUCUGACUGUCUUGAGCCAUGUUGUGAAUUAAAGACAACUCACUUAGUGCUGUUGUGGCUAAGACCGCAUACAUUUGAUAAGGUAGUCUUACAGGCAUGAGGGGGCAUGGCUAAGGAGGCAUGCUUAUGGUAUACCAUGCUACAAAAUAAAUAUAUAUAUAUAUAUAUUUUUUUUUUUUUUUUGUUCAAAAACUAAAGAUUUGAUUGUGCAAAAAUAUAACCGCAUAUUCAUGAUGCUGAAAUGCAUGAAAGUUGUAUUGGUGCCUGGAGUGUCCUUUUUAAAGUAUUAUACAUUCAAGAAGAACUCAAGUUAAAAUAUUGUAGUUUGAUGCUUUUCAGGCCUCACAGUGCACUAUAUCCAAAGAUCUGUAAAUCAAAAAAAGUUAUCCAUGUGUGAACCUGUCUUGUGGGUAACAAAAAGGGGGUGGAGGGGAAUUCCUUGUUAAAAUGGUGUAGUAAUGAUCAGCUGUCUCUGGAAAGGCACAAACAUGGCAUUUCAUGUAAAUGACCUUUUCCACAAUGCUGUGGUACAUUGGAUUUGUCAAUACAAAUGCAAAGAAACAAGUCCUGCGCUCAAACUCCCAUUACUCCUGGGCGGCAGCAACGACCAUAGUACACAUCAGCCCAAAUACACAUAGUAAAAACCAAAGAAAAACCCUCUCAUGGCUAUUGGAGGUAACUAAGAACCUCCAUUUGUUUAAAAAUACAUAGGGAUGUGGAAAGAGCACAGGUAACUUUUUUUUUUUCCAUUGGAUUUGUCAGUUCAUAGGUUUUAUAAGUUGGCUUAUGUUUUGUGCCGAAUUUCAUCAAAUAUCUGAAAGAUGACCUUACGAAGUACUCUUAAAAUGAAAAUGGAAUCAUUGUUGGCACAUUUGUAAGAACACAUGCCAAGACUUAUUGCAGGUAACAUUCCGAUGGAUUCUUAUCCACAGUUGAGAAUUGACACAUUGCUUGCUCAACUAUAAUGGGCUUUUCUACCAUGUUUUAUAUUUUUAUAGAGAGCCAUGUGGGGAAAAUUCAGUAACACAAGUAACUGCUACUUUAAUGUUCUUCCAUUUAGCAUGCCGUUAGCCUAAACAUGUCAGAUCCUAUUAAAAGAUGCUAACUUGCUCACCCUUGAUUUAGUAAUACAAAUAUAUUCAUAAUGGUCGCUUGAAGUCAUAACAUGUUUGCUUAAUCUUGUUUUUGGAACUAGCCAAAGUGAUUGAUAGUGGUAAAGUGGUUUAAUAAUUACCGGAAUAUUUUUUUUUUUUUUUUUUUUGCAUGCCACUAUAGAGCAAAAUGAUCAUGCAAUUAAACCUUGUUUCCUAUUCCAGAUUUACAUAUGGUAGCACGUGCCAUUUACAUAAUUGAUCCCUCUGUGAGCCACGCUGUUUUGUUUUAAGGUCGAGCUGACUAGCCAUUAUGAAUAAUACAUACGUGGUCCUAUAACAUGCUCGUUCAAACGGGACAGCGUAUGGAAUGAAAGCAAAACUCUUUGUAGUGAAAACAAAAAUAAUUUCUAUGUCUGGUUGAGCUUUCAAUAUCAUUAAAUACACGUAUGUGUUGUUUAUAUUGGUUUUGUUGUGCUCUGUAAUCGAGAUGUGCUGAAUUUGCGGGUGCACAGGAGGCAUUCCUUUGUAUCCAUUUCUCAUAUGCUAUUCCAAGAUGCUGUGUGCGUGUGUUUUCUUUUUACAAAUACUUUUUGUUUUGUUUUAAAAAAAAAAAAGCCCUUUUCAAGAUUCCUCAUAACAUUUCUAUAUUGUAACGUUCCCUCUUUUAGUCCCCUUUUCAUCCCCCACCGAGAUAUCACUUCCACUUAAGUAGAAGGCAGCCAUAACACUGACUUCUCCCAACCGUGUUAGUCUGAGUGGCAUUAUAACGCUGUUUCUCUAGAGAGCCAGCUGCCACAAUUACUAAUUCCUGCCCAUGUCCAGCAAAUUCCAGUGGCACAGUAGUUUUAUUUUUGUAUUUUUUUUUUUUAACAUGUGUAACUUGCCAAUUACUAAAUUCUAUAGUAGUUUGCACACUGAGCCUCUCUGUAUGGGUGACACUGUUGCUAUAAUAAAGCAAAUUUCUAAACUGUGAUUUACGUUCCCGACUGGGAUUGGAAUUGCUGGAAAUCAUUGUCUCAAAUGACACUAGUGAAAGAGAUCUGUACAGUACUUUCUUCAUCUCUUUACCUUCCACCUCAAUGGCAGUUACAUGACCAAGUUACGCUUUAAAUCGUACUUUUGACUAUAAGCUCUGCACUGUUGCUUCUAGCAUCAGUAUUUGCAAUAUUUGACUCUAGCACUUUUCAAAAUUCCCUGCAGUGUUCCUUAUUCUUGGUUUCGUCCUUGCUUUGAAAGAGCAAUCUGAAUACUAGAUUAACAGAUCCAUGCAACAAAAUGUUGAGACGACCAACCAUGUUUCCUCGUUAGUUACCUUUUGUAAUUCUUAUUUUUAGCUUUUUGUAAGAUAGGGGUGCUUUACUUUUUGUUUGAAGACUUUGUGCCUUAUUGUACGUGAUCUUAAAUCAUAUUGUCUGCUUGAUUGUAGGCAUUCUUAACCGAUUCUGCUAAUCUAGGCGCCAUAUACAUUUACAGUUAAUAAAAACUACUUGGUGAGUUUUUCAAUAAACCUGACCUUGUGGCAAUUGGAAGGAUAAUAGAAAAUUCUAGGUCAACGUAACUCAAAUUGAAAAAUUAUCCAAUUUGACUUCUCUACAAGGUCUGGUAGUGUCACCUAAAUUCCUUCUCUUUUUUUUUUUUUUUAAGAUUUACAACAGCUUGCAAUUUUAAUUAAUAAAACCCAGAUAAAUGCAUUAAAACCCAGCCCAAUUUUUUUUUUCUUGGUGCUUUUUAUUAAAAAUAUGAUGGGGCUUAAAAUUUAAAGUCCUACGCCCCUACCCCAUUGGGUCAGUGUUACACUUGCAAAGGGGGAAUAUCUAAGCGCCAGAGCUAAAUCUUUCUUAAACUUUGCUGGAAAUUUGAGCCUAUAAAAAUAUAUAUUUGAGUAUAUAUAUUUUUUUCUUUUUAAACAACAUCUUUAUUGUUUCACUAAAAAAUAUAAUCAAUGUAAUUUGUAAAUUAUUACAUAUGUUAAUAUAUUUUCACAAAUCGGCAAACUGUCAUUUUGUUGCUUUCUAGAUUUGCAGCCAUUUAAAAUGGAAGUGGCACAGAUGUGUAAUCACCCAUUAAGCCUGUCAAUUUGAUAGCGUUGCACAAUAAAGAUAUUUUGAUUUGUUUCUCUGUACAAGAACUCUGUCUUAAUAAGCUAAAACUAUUACUCUGGCAAAGGCAUAUUUGUGCUUUUGUUUAAUUUUUUUUAUUGUAUUGUUUUUUGAGUGUAGCCAAAUAUGUAUGUCAUGUGUUAUUGAUUUUGGUAUUCAUGUUGUAAAAUAUAAAAG